UGAUGGAGCAGACGAAAACUCUGUCACCCGCCUCCGCACUUAUCCCGCAACAAUCACAAUCGAUUCCAGAAAAAGACCUACAAUUGCAACCCCAAUAUCCUCCCGGGAGCUCUCCCCGUCGACCGCACAACGCCCUCAUCGGCACGCUCUUCGCCGGAGCGGCCCAGAGCGGCGUGCGCUGGAAGCUGGAUCCGGGAAGGAGUGCGGCCACAAGCGGGAGACAAGGGGAGGCGCGGUUGUGCUCUCUCUGGUCGCCGGCGCGGCCACCAGAGGGGAGACGGCCAGGGGAAGCGGCGGCCUACGACUCUGUAGGGGAUGCAGCGUCUGGCGGGAGGGGGCGCGCAGUAGGGAAGGCAGCGGUCGGAUCCAGGCGCGGGUGAGGCCUGAAUGCCACACGGGGCCCAUGGCGGCCAGAUCCGGGCCACGCAUGGGAGUCGGUGGUGUCCCGCCGAUGCGUAAAGGAAGCACGGGGCGGCGCGUCAGUGUGUCGUCGUGCACAGCACCGUGCGGGGUGAGCGAUGGGAUGCAAACGACAUUGUAGGCGCCGAUGCCGCACAUGCUUGAUUUGCUGCUGCCGCCGCCUCCGCUUGAGGUCUACGGACGCUGUCGACGAGUUAUGAGGCGGAACCAUCGAGCACCGAGCUGGAAACGACACCAUCGAGGAUGACAGACCGCCACCGAGGCUGAUUGUUGUGGACGCGCCUGCCCACUACAAGUCUCCUAUCGCUGUUGUGUUCCGAGCAGCCAGAGAACUACAGGUGCACGACUCCUGCAACCUGGUAUUUGAGAUGCAUUUCCCAAUCGUCCUGAUUAUGGACUUCUGCUCACGUUUGGAGCGAUCUGAAUUAAAACAAGAAUUCUGUGGAGUCUGCUUGAAUCAAUUGUUCAUCUCUACAUUAACGAAUAGUGAGAUUACCAGAGCAUCCUGGGCCUCCGACUUCUUGAUAUGAUCACUGGAUUGUUCUUUAAUAUUUAACAACCAAGACUGUUCUUUCCUGCAAAAAAUAUAUUUUCUGUCAUGAACUACUAAUGUCACUAUGAUGUCUCAAAGAGCUUUCUUAUAAGUUUGUGGUUAUGCACAUAUACAUGAUCUGGUAAAGGGGGAGACAAUGCAAGUGGCAGAGAUAGAAAGGUAGAGGUGGAAGAAGAGGGUGUGGUAGAGGAAGAGAAAGUCAUGCCAAACAGAAGUGGCAGGGGUUGAGGAAGGUCAGGUACAAGCUGAAGAUUAGGAGGAAGAUUUACAACCCAGUGUUGAAGGAUGUGUCACAUUUUGUUUGGCCGUAGCUACAAUCCAAAAGGGAGAAAUGCAGAAGAAUUUGUUCAGACUUGAAACAUGUGUGAUCGAGGAGAGAGCAACACCCAGCAGUCUGCACUACACACUUGACAUAUGUACAAAGGAUUUAUGUGGGCACAUGACAUACCCGUACAUAUUGUGAAAGUUUACAAGAGAAGCAUGUUGUUCUAAAUGAAUAGUCGCAAAUACGGACCUGGCCAUGGAAAGAUGAACACUAAUUGGCCACAAAUGAGCUACAUUGUUCAGGUUAUGAGUAGUUCUACCUUUAUUAGGCUUGCACAUCUGGUUUGUCCGUCAGUUAGUUCUCUGACUGGUUUUCAUGGUGCACAAACUUGUAUCUUACAACUUAGAUGAAUUAUGUCAUUUGACCGGCUUAUGUGGAUUCCACUUAUUUCUAUGCACACUUGCAUAUCAAAUUUAUUUUAUUUCCGGUGCCUAUUGUAAUGUCCGUUUCAUAGGAACCAAAUAGAAGGAAAUAGGAUUGGUAUUUUUCUGAUUGGAAAUAGUAUACCUUAUAUUUAGUUAAUUUUGGAUACAAUUAUGAAAAAUCUUAGAUAGAUCGUGCUAUGAAAUUGUUUCUGUGAUACAGUAUGAACAGUGAUGUGUGGCAGACAAACAUCUAUGGUACAGUGGUUGCCGGCGCUAGCUAAGGGGUGUGGCCAUGGUGCAUCAAUUUCUAUAAAAGGUCUAUAUGAUGAUAGAAUUAGGAACCAUAUGCUCUUCGUAUGAGUUAUCAAAUUUUUUAGAAGGUUUAUAUGAUGAUAGAAUUUUUAUAUUUCAUAAUAAAAUGUAUUUUAGUUGAAACGUGCGUUGCACGUGCAUACUUACUAGUUCUUCAGUAAAAAGAAGAUGCAGGUCUUCAGGGUCUUGGCACUCCUGCGACCGCGAGUGCCGAGUGGCGUGUCACCGUCCCGUGCGUGCUCCAGGCCGGCUUGGGCAUCGCCAUGGCGCGGCGGAGCUGGUGCCACACCUGUGUCACUGUUGAACAGGAAGGCAGGGGACGCCGGUGAGUGGCAUGUCGGCGUGCGUGAGCGUCCCCGGCGUCUCGGUCCGGCACGGCGAAUGCCCGUCGUAGCGAGGCCUGGCGGCGUAAGGACUGCCUCUUGGUGACCAGAAGCCCGGGCGAGAUGGCGAGCGUGUCCAACGGUUCUCCAGACCGUAGUUCACCUGGGCUCCUACGGUCCGACCUCGCGUCGGAUUCGGCACUUCCAACGCGGCGGGAUUCCCAGUUCCGACGACCUGGAUGAUUCAAUCACAGAUUCACAGUGCUAAUCAGGCCAAGAAGCAAUCUACCCCGUCCCAUCCAGAUUUUCAAACAAUCUAAUCUGUCAAUCAGUCUUCCCGGCCAGCUGAUUACAUUGGCCCUGCUUGGUUCCCACGCUCUCGGCAAUCCGGCUCCGACGCCAACACGGCGAGCUCCCACCGCCUCGCGCUUGGUAUAACCCUAGCCCCGCCCCUCUUUCCAUCGUUUCCUUCUCGUCCAUCGCCUCCUCCCGUUCCCCCAGACCUCCACUGCCCCAUCGCCAUGCCGGCGUCUAUGUGGAAGAAGCGCCCGUCCCCCGGCCUGCGUGAGAUCAACCGCGAGCUCGAUCGGCGCCGGAAGCUCGCCGUGUCCGCGAAGGGGAGAGUUGCAAUGAAGUCCCCUGCCGUGCAGCCGCCUCCGCGUAGAUCGAUGGUGCUGAUCCCGUCUGUGUCACCGGGCGCCGCCACCAUGGAGCUCGCCAACCCGACGGGGGACGGAGUUGCAAAGAAGUGCUCCACCCGGCCGCUGCCGCACCGGCCUGCCCUGGCCCCACUCGCAACAGCCAAGGCUGCCUCCAAGAAGAUCGCCUACCUGGACAUGGGAGCGGCUGAGCAGCGACGCACUGCCCCGCCGCGCCGAGACCCGCUGAUCCCGACCGCGUCCACCGUGAAGGUCCCCGUCGUGGCGAACAGAGGAAUUCCCAAGAGGUGCUCUGCCCCUCCUCCGUCGCCAUGCCAAUCCGCGUGGAUCCCGCACGCGCCGGCUGCCACCGUGAAGCUACCCAGUUCGGGUUCGAGCACAUCCGAAGCAGAGUACAGCAAGAAGACGUCAUCGGCACCGAUCCCGCGGCGCUGUUCGUCCACCUCGGCGAAGAAGGGCACGCCAGUGAAGGUGCGCACGCUGCUGGCGAACCUGCCGACGGGGGAGCGCCUCUUCUUCUUGCGCAACGCCGUCGCCGUCUCCGACGCAGAGGACGGCUACAUUGAAGUGCUGUACAACGGCAACUACCCUCCCGACGAUCCAUCUCGAGCCGUGCGCGUCGCCAUGGACCGGAUCAAGACCAUGCCGCCCACCCAGUGAGGACUGAGGACAAGGCGGUCGUCAAAUCUCCCGCUACUGAAGAAGCUCGAGGCGGAUACCAGUAGUUCAGAAAGGUGUGGGAAUACACGAAGGAAUUAGGGACCUGAAAGAUGCCUCCUUGCAAGUUUUUGGGUCAUGGACGGCACUGACAGGUUUGUGUGGCGAAAGGCUAGCCAGCCAGUCAAGACGCAGCAUCUGAAUGUAAAUCUCGGGAGUCCUGGAUCAUGCGCUCCUAUGAUGUAAUGAAUUUCUCGCAUGAAUGGAAUGAAAAUCAUUUGCUUCAAAUUGUUUGGAUAGGCCCGUGAGAAACUAAGCGGCAAGCAUGUGUGAUGCA